AUCCAUCCCCCGUUCCGUUCCACGAGUCCCUCGUUGUCCCCUGCUCCCCCGCACCUCCUCUACCCAUCGAUUCGAACUCUCUCCAAACCAAAACCGCAGCGCACGCGAGAAAAAAAAGGGGGAAAAAUCUCACCACAUCGCAACGCGCCGCUCCCAAAUCUAGGGUUGCUUGUUGGCCAUGGCCGACCCGCCGGCCCCCGACGCACAGCCGGAGCAGGAGCUCGCCGCCGCCGGCGCCGCUCCCGCGCCCGCUGACCCUGCCGAGGACGCCCCGGUCGAGAAGCCACCUGCGGCGCCACUCACGCCGGAGCCGGACGCUGCUGCGGCGGCGGAUGGGGCAGCGGAUGAGGUGGAGGAUGAGGAGUACGUGAGCGACCCCGACGAUGCGCCGCUUCCUACGAUGCGGCGCCGAGAGGCCAGCGACGACGAGGGGUCCGAGGACGGUAGGCCCAGGGCGCGGAUCGGCCCUGACCAGGACGAAGACGGCCAGGGGGCUCCCGAGGCGUACGAAGACGAGGUGGACGAGGAGGAUGAGGGGUACUACGACGAGGAAGAGGAUGACUUGGGAGAGGGGUUCGAGGAGGAGUAUGAAGGACGCGCGGCACCUCCCAUGGAGGAGGGCGGCGGCGGCGGCGGCCAGGUCUCGCGCGGAGAGGAUGGCGUGACUGGGGAAGAGGGAUUGCCGGAGGGGGAGGCCAAGGGCGAGGGGGAAGAGAAGGAGCAGGAGCCCUUCGCCGUGCCCACUUCCGGCGCCUUCUACAUGCACGAUGACAGGUUUCAGGAGGAGAACCGCGGCAGACGCAGGCGAAUGUUUGGUGGGAGGAAGUUAUGGGAUGCUAAAGAUGAUCAAGCUUGGGUGCAUGACAGAUUUGAGGAGAUGAACUUGCAUGAUGAUCGCUAUGAAGACCAGCGGAUGUCAAGGGGCCGUUUUAGAGGUCGUGGUGGUCGAGGUAAAGCAAGAGGUGGUGGCCGUGGUUUCUCCAGAGGUGGAAAGCAGCGCAAUUAUAAUGAUCACGAAGAUGGCAACAACCAAAACCGCCCCCCAAAGGUAGUGAGAGGGAGAGGACCUCGGCGUUAUGAAGCUGUUGCAAGGAACAGUAGAGAGGUUGUUGGAUCCCAACGAAAACAAGCAGCUAGAUUUCGAGAACCUGCUCCAAAUGCUGCAGCAGCCAGAGAUUCUGGUCAAGUUUCACAUGCACAGCCAGAGGCUGCCCCUCCCAAGAAGAAUGUCAUCAGUUCGAGCCUAAAUUCUGCGUCCCCACCAUUUUAUCCCUCUGGUGCAGCUACUCAAGAUUUUCCAGUAGCAGCUCAAAGGAGGGACAUACAAACAGGGGGUUCUAAUAAGAUUCCUCCAUCUUCCAUGAAGAUGGAUGAUAACUCAAAGCUACAAUCUGGUUCAAUGGUUAGAGGGAGAACAUCCAUGGAUUAUGGUGGGCGUGAUAGGUUUCAUGCUGAUGGUCCUGUUAGGUCAUCACCUGGAAGGGCGCCGACUACGUCACUGAAUUCAGGAUUCACAUCAUCAUCGGUUAAUCCUGGCCAAUCCCCUAUUGUCAGGGCUUCAGGGGGUAAUUCAAACAUCGGAAUAUCUUCAAAUAAUCAGCCCACUUCAUCGCUUCACCAAACGUCAAGGAUUUCUACACAGGCACAAAGUCAUGGGUCAGUGAUGCACCAGAAGUCAGGGCAUGUGCAGAAUCAGUCUGCAGCAAGAAUCCCAACUCAGCAAUUGAGCCAUCGGACUAGCAAUUCGUCACCAGCGGCUCAGCAUCUACCUGUUAAAUCAACAGAAAGUGACGAGAAUGGUUCAUACCCUAGUCUGAAUAAUUCAAAGACAGCUUCUGCAGUGGUAAAAGCCAAUAGCCAGGAAACUGGAAUGGGUUCAUUUAUGUAUGGUGGCGCCCAAGUUAUUGGGGCCGCUGGGCUUUCCCAGGGCGAUCAAAAUUUUCCUGGCACUCCAGCUCUGCUGCCAGUGAUGCAAUUUGGGGGUCAGCAUCCUGGUGGUCUUGGAGUUCCUACCGUUGGUAUGGCCCUCCCUGGUUAUGUAGCUCAACAGCAGAUGGGAAUGGGAAACAACGAAAUGGCAUGGUUGCCAUUAUUGGCUGGUGCAACUGGUGCUUUUGGAGGAUCAUAUCCACCCUACAUAGCCCUUGAUCCGAGUUUUUACUCCAGAUCUUCAGGACAGACAUCAUCAUCAGUUCCAUCCAGGGAAACUAGUGCUAAUAGAGGGUCUAAAUCUCCUCCUCGAAAUGAUAUGGGGAAUGAGGAGCUUGAUCAGCGCCAGAACAAGCCUAGGAGAUACUCAGAGAUGAACUUCAGCCAGUGAAGCAUCUUGUAAGGUGGACUGCAUCUGAAUAAGCUUCUUAUGGCCCUAUUUAGGCCCUUUGUGAUCUCCAGUUCUGAUCUGGAGCACUUUGGGUGGCUUUGGUACCCUUAAUUAUGUUAGGUCUUAUGCCUGUUCGUGCUGGGAGUUAUCUGAUGGGGUCACUUCACAGAGAGCAGGGGUGGCAUUCGUUACUUGAAUUGUUGUAUUGCCCGGUUGUGCUGUGUCAGGAAAUGUCAAAUUUGUUGGUGCGUCUGAAGAUGUGGACGGUUGUUGAAGAGAGCUUGAAAAUAAUGGUUUGCGUUGGUUGAUAAAGUUUAAGAGUUUUUUUUUUAAGUACAUCUUGUUAGUGACUCCAGUUGGUGUCAUUCUACUGUGAUGUACCGGUCCGCAUAUAGUGGCUGCUUAAGACCAAGCGGCUUCAUUGCCGCAGCUUGUAUCUUUUGGAAUCCGUUGAAAUGUGGGUGCGGUUUGUGACUUUCCAGCUUGAAUGAGCGUGUCCAACAUGAUUUUUCGGUUACCUGCUUGAAAAGCCAACAAGAAGAAUCCGCCCGUCCUUUUUACCCCGGGUGAUGGAAAUUUCUA